UUGUUGGGGAUCGAAGAGAAGGGAUACACAGUACACUUCAAGUAGUUUGGCUCUUUAUGCCUUAUAGAGCUUUUGUGUUCAUUGAUUUCUUGUAUGUUUUUGACAAUGUGGGCCCCAGGUGUGCAAGUAGUAAUACAUGAUACUGAUUGGGGCGGAAACAUAGUGUCACCUUUACUGUCUCCUAUUGCUUUCAAGAACAAAAGUCUGUUCACUCCGUCUGACCAAUAAAAAUAUGUUGUUUUUCUGUGCUCUGUGCAUAUUAAACAAAAAGUUAAUAAUAAACAAAAAGUUAAUAUUAAAAAGUUAAUAUUUUUCAAUAGUGCUUCUACCAAAACUGCAUGAUUUUGGAAAAUUAAUCAGAUCAGAGGUAGUUAGAAAAUGCUAUUAAGGUCUUUGUUAGAAUUCUGAGAAGCUAGAACACAUGAUGAGAAUGCUCCAUCAUCACAAUCAUUGUAGAACACUGACAUCAUAAUGAACAUCUUGGUUGUCUCCUGCUCCUGUAGAAAACCUCAUUUACAUUUAACAACCUGAGCUGAGUACUACCUCUCUGUCUUUGGUGAAAACAAACUCUCAACAAUUGCAAAAUACAACUUCAGUAACUACAACAACAACUAUAUCAGAAAGUACCACAACUCUGAAACUACAAUACAGUUUCAAGUUGAACUCCAACUGUGAAGUACGACUACUAUAUUUACAGCCAAUAUCUUGACAUGGACAGAAGAUCCGGCUCAAGAAACCGGGCAUUUUGGCCAAUGCAGUUUGGUGCUGCAUUAUACGGCCCAAUCAGGCCGGCUGCGGUGCAGCUGCAGCACUCCGAGCAGCUUCCUAACUCAGUUGUGCAGGGACUCAGAGAUGCCUUGUACUCUGCCAUCACUGAGAUAAAGUCUCUCAAGGAGGAAAACAAAGCUCUGAAGGAGCAGAUUGGCCUGCUGGGAAACAGGCAGGUGGAGGUGAGCCAGCUCCAAGAGGAGCUCAAACAAAAGAUGACCUCCUCAAAAGGGUCACCAAAAAAGGCGGGCUAGAACAAGAGCCCACAUGGAGACCCUGGGCCUGCUGUCUCAGAUGGAGAAGGAGCUGAAGAGGAGCGAAGAGCAGUGGAAGAGCACAUGUGAUGCUCUGGAGGCGAGCCUCGUGUCCAAGAACAACCAGCUGCAGAAGCUCACUUUCAACACAAAGGAGCAGGAGCAGUCUGAGAAAAAAGAUAGAAAGGAACAGGAGGAGAAGAAAAUGAAAGAGGAGGAGGAGGAGGAGAAAAAUGAGAAGAAGAGAAAGGAAGAAAAAGAAAAGAUGGAAAAUGUGGAGAAAGAAAAGGCAAAGAAAGAGAGGAAAGAACAGAUGGAAAAGGUGUCCACAUAG